UUGACUUGUCAAAAUCAGUCGUCAAUCAUUGCCAAUUAUGACAUCUUCAUUAAAUUUAAAAAACUAAUUAUGAGCUGAAUCUAACAUUUUGUAAUAUCAUAUAGAACAAUUCAAUACCAUCAAAUCAACACAAUUUUAUUUAAUAAACAAGCACUUGGAAGACUAAAACACUUAAACCAUGGGAAAUUCUAGUAUGAAACAACAUAUCAACACUGCACAAAAAACAGGAGUGUUGAAAGUAUCUCAAGGAAAAUUAUCUGAAUUCCCACCAUCAUUUAGACAGCUUGAAAAUAAUCUCAGAACAUUAGAUUUAUCAGAAAAUAAAUUCUUAAUACUCCCUGAAGAAAUAAGCAGGUUCAUGCAGUUGAAGCACUUGAAUCUACAAAAGAAUAAACUUACAAAAAUACCAGAUUGCAUUGGAGCACUAACCAAACUCGAAACAUUGAAUGCUUCGCAUAACAAUUUGAGUACACUACCUAGAACAUUAUCUAAUUUGAUUCAUUUGAAACAAGUUUAUCUAAGCAGCAAUCAUUUAAAAGAAUUUCCAAUGAUGUUUUGUGGGCUAAAGCACUUGGACCUACUAGAUUUGUCUAAGAAUGAAAUUGAAUCCAUUCCUUCGGAUAUAGCAGGGUUAUAUGUAACUGAGCUUAAUUUAAACCAAAAUCAAAUAACGUUUAUAUCCCCUCAAAUAGCAGAGUGCCUACGAUUAAAGACAUUACGAUUAGAGGAAAACUGCCUACAACUAUCAGCAAUAUCACCUAAAAUUUUGAGGGAUUCAAAAAUUGCAAACCUCUCCAUAGAUGGAAAUCUUUUUGAGCCUAAGCAAUUAUCAGAUAUUGAUGGAUAUGAAAUCUAUAUGGAUAGAUUCACAGCUGUUAGGAAAAAGAUGUUUUGACUAUUUUAAUAGAUAAGUGAAUUGAAAAAUCUGGUCAUAUUAGAUUAAGGACUCAUUGAGGUUUAUGAUUUAUACAGUCUAUUAAAAACUCUCAUGGCACAAAUUAAGAGUUCCUUGUUAUUUUCUUCUAUAAAACUUGAUUUAAUGGGAGGCUAAAUUCCACAGGAACAAACAAUGUUUACAAAGUCAACUACAGCUAAAAGUUUAGAACUUUGUAAAAAUUCAAUGAAGAACAUGGAAUGGUUACUUUUUAGUGAAGGUUCUUUUUACUUUCUUGAGUAUAUAUAAAGUACGUAUUGCGUACUAAACAUUUAGUUAUAUUUUAUUUCAACUCUAAGUUUAGUAAAACUAACCUUUUAUAAAAAUGAAAAUGCAGCAGGAAUAGGAAUAUAAGGAGAUGAUAUGCCUAUGAAUCAAACCCACCGAUGAAGAAAACAAGUCCUUCAUUUUUGCAAUAAGCACAGUUCUCGAAUAAUUAUGAAACAUUCCAAGUGAAAAUAUAAUUUUACAUUAUUAUAACACAAAAAUCUAUCAUUGACUACUCGACAAAUAUCCGAAGUUAUUAUUGAAAAAACAUUCCUCAAGAAGGUGGUUUAUCUAUAAUUGAUUUGAAUUUUGAAAUAAAAGUCCAAAAUUUCAAGGGUUCAAAAAGUUGACUGCGAAAUUGAAUAUUAUUCAAACCUCUCUUCCAUAGAAUGUAUAUUCUAAUGGAAUAUUAAAUUAUUAUUGUGUUUCAAUUCUAAUAUUUACCUAUAAAUGUUAACAUAUGAGUUCAAAGCACUUCCUUAGUAGACAGAUAAUCUGAGGUUUCCAACUAGGAAAUAUGUCAAUCUGAAAUUAUCAUAAUACACAAUUUUGAAAGAAAUAAUUUUCCUCCAUCAAUUGAUCUGAGCAAAUGCACAUUCAAUAACACAACAAUAAUAAAAUUUAAAGAUUCCUCAAGUAAUAUUUUAUGUGUACUUGUAAAUUUCUCAUUGAAAAAGUCGAUAAAGUCUAUUGUUGAAUUAAUAAAGCAAAUAAUCUAGUCAUUAAACUAUGUGUCAAAAACUUAGAAACAGUGUAGUAUAUCAAGCAUUAUGAAGAUCAUUAUUCAUGAGAUAUACAAUCAUUUACAUAGAAAUGAUUGCUGAAAUUGAAGUAGUUUUUAAUAUUUCUAUUAGCGAUUUUGUUAAAUUUAGCUUCCUCCACCAAUCUACGGUCAUGUUGUGAUUUUCAUAUCUUAGUACUAAGAAUUAAAAUGUGAUUAAGUGAACAUUUUCCGAGAAAACUAUGAAAUACUCGGACUAUCUAAGUGGACCAAAUUGAUUAUUAUAGUUCUUUGAUGCUACUAACUUCUUUCGCGUCUUAAGAAUUGCAAUUUAAUGGGAUGAAUGAUAAAAGUUUUGUCAAAUGUUCUAUAUUAUCUAUAAUCUAUACAUCACUAUGCGAUUCUACUAUAUCUGUAUAAUAUACUGUGGCGCUAAACAGCUAUAUAUUUUUUACUUAUAAUAUUUAUACUGUACAUUAGCUAAACUUAAAUUCUUUAUUUUGUCUUGUACACUGAAAUCUAUUUUCCUAAUGUUAUAUCUCAGAAUAUUUAAUUAAGUGGAUAAAACAAUAAAUGAAUGUGAUUGGUAUAUCUA